AUGCAUGGCUGCAGUAUACCAACAGCAGCAGCAACAGCAGCAGCAAACGGAUCUAGCACUGCAGCAACAGCAGCAAACAUGCAAGCUGCAGCAGCAGCAGCAGGAAGUCUCUAUAGCGGAGGCAUGAUGGGUGCUGCUGCAGCAGAUGCGCGGCAACCCUUAUAUAUGACGACAGUUGUUGCAUGCGAUCAGCAGCAGCAGCAGCAGCAGCAAGUUGCGUUGCCUCCACCUAUGUACUGCGCAACUGCUGCUACACCUGGGGUGUAUUCAGGAAGCAGCAGCAACUGCAGCAGCAGCAGCAACUGCUGCUGCCCCACCGAUACACCGCAGCUGUCUCCUGUAUCUUUUUCACCGCAGUACCCAGACAGCUAUCUAUGCAUGCAGCAACAGCAGCAACAGCAGCAGCAACAGCAGCAUUGCGCGGGACUGCAACAGCAGCAGCAACAGCAACAGCAGCAGCAGCAGGCGCUACAUAGUAGUACUAUAAUCAGCAGCAACAGCAGCCUGCCUGUUAGCGAAGAGAUGUGCUGCUCUGCAGCAUACCCUGAUACAGCUGUCCUACUGCAGCAGCAACAGCAGCAGCAGCAGCAGCAGCAAUAUGUGCAGCAGGGGUUAUGCUGCGGCGGCAUAUCUGCGGCCUAUGCAUCCCCCGCUGCUGCCUGCUGCUGCAGCGCAGAAGUGCAGCAGUCCGAGCAGCAGCAGUUGCUGCUGCAGCAACAGCAAAUGCAUCAGCAACAGCAACUGCAGCAUCAACAGCAGCUGCAGCAUCAGCAGCAACAACUGCAGCAACAACUGCAGCAGCAACUGCAGCAGCAACAACAGCUGCAGCAGCAGCUGCAGCAGCAGCAGCAACAGCAGCAAGGACAGACUAUAACAAGCCCUUAUUUGCAAGGAGAUAUGCCCUUGCUGCUUCCGGGUAGCUGCAUGCCAACGGAUUGCAUGCAGCAGCAGCAACAACAACAGCAGCAGCAGCAGCAGCAAAUGCUGCAGCUGCCUGCAGGAGGAGGAGAGGGUCUUUGCUGCGGAGCAUUGGAUGCGGAGCGGCAACCCUUUAGCUACUAUGAGCAGCAGCAGCAGCAACAGCAGCAGCAGCAGCAGCAGCUGGAGCAACAACAACAACAACAACAACAACAACAGCAGCAGCAACAGCUAGCGCAGCAGCUUCAGCACUGCAGCAGCAGCAGCUUGCUGCAGCAGCAGCAGCAGCAGCAAGAUAGUUCAGCUUUGCUGCAGCGCAGCUUAUCUGAUGGCUCUACGCUGUCUUGCUUAUGUCUGCAUAGUACACCAGAGGAGAGAUCUAUUUGCUGCUGCAGCACGAGCUGCAGCACGAGCUGCAGCUCGUGCUGCAGCAGCAGCAGCAGCAACGGCAGCAGCGGGGAUGAGAUGAGCUGUUUUACACAGGCGCAGCCUUUUCCCUUUGAUGUACCAAGCAGCAGCAGCAGCAGCAGCAGCAGCAGCAGUCAUACAGAUGAUUCGCUGCUUCUGCUGCUGCGGCAGCAAGAACAUGACGAACAGCAGCAGCAGCAGAUGCAGCAUCCAAUGCAGCAGCAGCAACAACAGCAGAUGCAGCAUGAGCGAGAACAGCAACAACGAGAGCAUGAGCAGCAGCAGCAACAGCAAGAGCAGCAGCAGCAGCAGCAGCAGCAAGAGCAGCAGCAUGAGAGGCCAAUGUAUUGGCCUGGAUUUGAAAUGUCUAUAGACAAACCGAUGCAGCAGCCAGCAGCAGCAGCAGCAGCAGCAGCAGCAACAACAACAGCAACAACAGCAGCAGCAGCAGCAACGACUGCAGCAGCAGCAGCAGCAACAACAACAACAACCGCGGAAGCUAAGGAAGAAUACUUAGCUUCCUCUAGACUAGAAGAAGCAGCAGCAGGAACAGAUGCUUCCGCAGCGGGUGUCGUCGGAUCUGCAGCAGCAGCAGCAACAGCAGCAACAACAACAACAACAACAACAACAGCAACAACAACAGUAGCUGCUGCAGAUGCAUCAUCAACAUUAGCAGUAGCAGCAGCAGCAGGAGGAGGAGGAGGAGGAGGAUGCCGACAACAGAAAGGAAUAGGAAGAGGAGGAGGAAGAAGAGGAAAGACAGGAAGCAAAGGAUCAGCAGCAAAAUCAGCAGCAAGAGCAGCAGCAAAAGCAGCAGCAGCAGCAAAAGCAGCAGCAGCAGCAAGAAGAAGAAGAAAAGAAGGAAGAGCUGAACUCAUCAAACGCAUGCGAGCUGUACAUAGACAGCAUAAAGAUUUUUGUAAUUCAACAUUAUUAGGAUUAGGUAUUACAUUUCGUCGUUUAUCACAUGCACGUGUUGAAGAAUUAUGGCAAAUCGCAUAUCAAUGGGGAUUAUUCUCAUUUGGUCUUAGAUUAUCGAAAAAAAGUGCACAUUGGAUUGGAGGAGGAACAACAGGAGGAGGAGGAGGGAUAGGAGGAGGAGGAGGAGGGAUAGGAGGAGGAGGGAUAGGAGGAGGAAGAGGAGGUGGAGAUGGUCAUGGUGAUGGUUCUGGUGAUGGUUGUGGUGGUGGUUUUGGUUGUGGUGGGGAACAGGAACAACAACAGAUGAUGAUAAUACAACAACAACAAGGAGAAGAAGGAAAAGAAGAAGAAAAAGAAAAAGGAAAAGAAGGAGGAGGAGGAGAAGAAGGAGAAGGAGGAGAUAAACAUAUACAAGAAACAUGUCAUGAAAGAUUUAAUGAAUUAUUUUAUACACAAGGAACAGAUAAUAGUACAGAUAUUGUUGUUGCUGCUGCUGCUGCUGCUGCUAGUGUUGCUAGUGUUGCUAGUGCUAGUGCUAGUGCUGCUGCUAGUGGUCAUGAUAUUGAUGUUGAUGAUGAUGAUGAUGAUACAACAACACAACAACAACAAGAUGAUCAUGUUGCUGCUGCAGCAGAACAAGCACUUGCUGCUGCUGCUGGUGCUGCUAAUCAUUAUCAUCAUCAUACAUCUAUGGAUAUACUCACAACAGAUGCAACAGCAGCAGAUGCAACAGCAGAUGCAACAGCAGCAGCUCAUGAUGAUGAUGAUGAUGAUGCAGCAGGUGCUGUAGAUGCCGAAGCAGCUGCAGCAGAUGCAGAAGCUGCAGCAGAGGCUGCAGCAGAACCAGAAGCUGUAGCAGAUGCAGCAGCAGAAGCUGCAGCAGAAGCUGCAGCAGAAGCAGAAGCUGCAGCAACUGCUGCUGCAGAAGCAGCUGUAGAAGCUGCAGCAGAAGCUGCUGCAGCAGAAGCUGCUGCAGAAGCUGCUGCAGCAGCAGAAGCUGCAGCAGCAGCAGAAGCAGAAUUAGAAGCAACAGCAGCAGCAGCAAUUGUUGAUCUUAUGGAGGAACAAAUCAUAGUAGAUGCCAUAUAA